AUGAAAGACGUGGCAUUCAUCAACCCCGCGAACGUGGUGUUCGUGUACAUGCUGGUCCGCGAGCUGGUGGACGGCGAGCGCAUCGCGCGCCCGCAGGAGCUGCAGGCGGUCGUGCUCACCUGCCUCUACCUCUCCUACUCCUACAUGGGCAACGAGAUCUCCUACCCACUGAAACCUUUCCUCGUUGAGGACUCCAAGGACAAGUUCUGGGACCGCUGCCUUCUCAUCGUCGACCGGCUCUCUUUCAACAUGCUCCGCAUCAACUCCGAGCCAGGCUUCUUCACUGAAGUGUUCACAGAACUGAAGGCUUGCGGGGCCGUCGAGAGCCCGCCCCCCGCGCCCGCGCACCCGGCCCCCGCUCCGCCGCACGCCAUCUCGGCCGCCUGA